AGUUUAAUUAAAUAAUUUAAAUUAAUCUUUUCAAUUUUAACAAAUCGGCACAAUGUAUGUAUUUACUUAUCAAGAAUUGGCUAAUAGGAUGAUGUCAUCCAUGGAUGAAUUCCAAGAAGCAUUUCAACUUUUCGACAGUCGUGGAGAUGGUAAAAUCCAUGUAGCUCAAAUUGGAGAUGCCUUACGAGCUCUAGGUCAAAAUCCUACAGAAUCAGAUGUUAAAAAAUUCACGAAUCAACAUAAACCUGAUGAAAGAAUCAGUUUUGAAGUAUUUUUGCCAAUCUAUCAAGCAAUAAGCAAAGCACGUACUUCUGACACUGCUGAUGACUUCAUUGAAGGAUUACGACACUUUGAUAAAGAUGGGAAUGGGUUUAUUUCAUCUGCUGAACUCAGACAUUUAUUGACAACUCUUGGCGAGAAGCUUAGUGAUGAAGAGGUUGAAACACUUUUAACUGGACAUGAAGAUUCACAGGGUAAUAUAAAUUAUGAAGAUUUUGUACGUCAAGUUAUGUGCGGUUAAAGAAAUACUUUGAACAAUUUAUUUAUGUAUUAUUUGGAGUGGUCCAGCUAAAUAGUGUGCACGGCAUAUGUCUUUAAAUUAAUUAAAAUUUAUUGCUUGUUUCGAUUUCGAUAAUUAGAUCAAAAUGUAAUAAUAA